AUGCUUCGAAAACGGGAACUUGAAUUGAGAAAGAAGGAACAUGUUUCGCAAGCAUUGGAAGAGAUGUUUAGAAACGCCGCGCGUGCCAAGGAAAGUAAAAAAGGGGGCCGGACACGUGAUCGCUUUAACGACAACCGAUGGACCCGAGCCGUGAGCGACUGGGUUCCCCGAGAUAUUAAGCGCACUACAGGAAGACCGCCGACCCGAUGGUUAGAUUUCUUCACGGAGUCCUUCAGAGAAAAUUUUGAUGCUCUUCGUGUCCCACGCGAAAGGAGGAACCAUCGGGCUACUCUGGCACGCGAUCGGGACAAAUGGAAGAAUUACUGGCGUCCGCUUGACCAGUUCGAAGACUAA